GCUAGGUCUGACAGGAACCUCUGUUAAUCUGGUACAUUGGCCGCUUGCCAUAUUCUCCCCGUCAGAUGUACCAGAUUAACAUUGAAGCGGCUCCCACACAGCAUCUAGAAGAGCGUGCCUUCCACGCCCUUCACCAUCUAUCAAAGGUUGAUAGGCCAGUUGGUAAGCUCCGUGGACGAUUGCUCCGUGCCCGUGUCCCACAUGGAGCUUAUGAAUCGUAUAUGCUAUUAUUCGGAGCCAGUGCUGUUUAAAAUCCAGGUAACAUUCAGACUACUUAUAGAGUAACGUGCUUCCUCUUAAGGGUCAGUUUUCGAAGAUCAAUAUAACUCCCAAGUUGUAAAGCUCAACUGCUUUUUUGUCCUCCGAAUAUCUCCCUUGUUACUCCAAGCUUGCUUUAAGCUCCAUACACAUCUUCCCACGAGAUAUUCACAUGGCUUCUCUCAUCCGAGAGGCCCCAGUGGGCCAUCUUCUAAGGCUCCUAACACGCAACCGGGUGCUCCAGUACCCCGAGGAGAGACCCGAUUUUAAGCUCCCGGAUACUUGGCUACAGCUCCUGAACGACGACAGUCCUGCCGUUUUUGACGGAAACGAGACAACAGUAACGGAAUCGCCUCCACAAUCGCCAAGCAUCACAGACGUGGAGAACACAGACGGGGAGAACACAGACGGGGAGAACACAGACGGGGAGAACCAAACCGAGAAGGCAGACAAGGAGCUCUCUAGGGAGGCCGACGAUAUUAGUCUACGAUUAGGCAGAACAAGGUCCUGGCAAGAUACCUUGCCAUACACCGAAGAUAGGUUGGAAGUCGACCAAAUCCACGACCUCGACAAGACUAGGUCGAUACCGAUAGCACCACGGAAGACCGAGGAUGGAGCUAUUCUGGUGGACUGGUAUUAUACCGAUGAUCCUGACAAUCCACAGAACUGGUCCAACAGGAGGAGGGCCAUGAUCACCUUGGUCAUCUGUCUUUACACCUUCGUCGUCUACCUAUCCUCGGCCAUCUAUACGACAUCUCAGCCAGGGGUGAUGGAGAGGUUCGGCGUCAACAAGACUGAAGCCGCUCUGGGAUUAUCUCUCUUUGUCUUGGGUUACGGCACGGGGCCCCUGAUCUUCAGUCCUCUCUCCGAGUUGCCCAUCAUUGGUCGAAACCCCAUCUACAUCAUCACCAUGUUCCUCUUCGUCAUCGUCUCGAUCCCGACUGUGUUUGUCCAGAACUAUGCCGGUCUGAUGGUCCUGCGAUUCUUGCAGGGCUUCUUCGGGUCACCUUGCCUGGCUUCGGGGGGCGCUUCGGUUGGCGACAUGUACUCGCUGUUGCAUCUCCCUUACGCCUUAAUUGCGUGGGUCAGCGCUGCUUACUGUGGCCCGGCCCUCGGUCCUCUCCUAUCCGGCUUCUCCGUCCCCGCCAAGGGCUGGCGGUGGUCCCUCCUCGAGAUCCUCUGGGUGUCGUCGGCGAUGUUCGUCGUCAUGUUCUUCUUCCUGCCCGAGACCAGCACGCCGAACAUCCUCCUCCGCCGAGCCAAGCGCCUCCGCAAGCUCACGGGGAGCCAGCGCUUCAUGUCGCAGAGCGAGAUCGACCAGCGCAACCUCAGGCCGUCCGCCGUGCUGAUCGACGCCCUCAUCAAGCCGAUUGAGAUCACGAUCAAGGACCCGGCCAUCAUGUUCGUGCAGAUUUACACUGCCAUCAUCUACGGCAUCUACUACUCCUUCUUCGAGGUCUUCCCGCUGGUCUACCCGGUCUACUACAACAUGGGGCCCGGCCAGGUCGGCCUCGUCUUCCUGUGUAUCCUCGUCUCGUGCCUCAUCGGCAUCGGCAUUUACGCGUCCUACAUCGCGCUGUACAUGAACCCGCGCAUCAAGGUGCGAGGCUUCCCCGUGCAAGAGAACCGGCUGGUGCCCGCGCUGGUUGCCGCCUUCGGCCCGACGGUGGGGCUCUUCAUCUUCGCCUGGACGGCAGCGCCGCGCUUCCCCUGGAUUGUGCCGACGAUCGGCAUCGCCGUCUACGGCGCAGCCGUCUUCGUCGUCAUGCAGUGCAUCUUCGUCUACAUCCCGAUGUCGUACCCGCAGUACGCAGCCUCGCUCUUCGCCGCAAACGACUUCUUCCGCAGCGCCCUGGCCUGCGGCUCCGUCCUGUUCGCCGGCCCGCUCUACGCGAACCUCGGUGUCGCGAGGGGCACCACCCUGCUCGGCGGGCUGAGCACCAUCGGCAUCGCCGGCAUCUGGCUGCUGUACUUCUACGGCGCCAAGCUGCGGGCCAUGAGCAAGUUUGCCGUGUCGGAGAACUGAAACGAGUAUGGUAAAAGAGGAGGUCCAGAUAUAGAUAAAAGGUUUGGCGGCGCGCGAUACACUGGGCACGGGGUGGUAAAAACGCCGGGUUUUUGGGAAAUAGAUGUCUCCGGAGAAGCAUGUAUAGCAACCACGAUUGCUGCGGCCAUUGGCCUUUUAAUGAGUUAGACGAUGAUUAGCCUGUCAUACCAACACCACCUUGGAUUUCA